GCAAACGCUUUUUCCCAUUCAAUAACUAACACAGGAGAAUUGAAAUGAAAUCGUACGUAAAGGAGAAUUGAAAUCAUUUGACAACAGGCUCACCACGCUCACCUCAGAACAAAAAUAUGGUGAUAUCCAGCGUUCUUCUCGAUGCUUCUUCAGCGAGUUGGGGUUGGGGAGCAGCACCGACGAAAAGCAGCUCAUCAUCUUAAGGGUACCGCUGACGCAUCCCCCUACAUCGUGAUCCUUGGCUUCUUUUUCAAGGGGAAAAAGGCCUCAGGGAUGGACUCAAGGAUGCGACGUGGUAGCUCUAAGCGUCUUCCUCCUUCUUUGGUUUGUGGAGCGACUUUGAUGGCGGUAAUUGUCCUCGAGAAGAAGGAAUCGGAAUGCUCCGAAGAGCUAAUGGUUUGCCGGUCGCUAUACAACAUCCACCUCAUCCAAGAAUACGAGAAUCAAGAAGAACUGCCUUCUCCGUAGCGAUUGAGCCACCGAUUGUCAAAGGUCUAGGCUGUCAGUCUGGUAUCUUGAGAGCGAAGUUUGACCCUGCGACUGGGGAAUUUCGAGGUUUGAUUCAGCAACCGGGAACGAUAACAGCGAAAUUGAAGGAUGGGGAGUUUGAACGUAUUAACUCUAACCUACUACAACAUCGAUAUUAUUACACCAAUAGAGGUGAGUGUGAGAACCAAUGUUGCACUUGUACUUACUCUUAGGGACGAGUAGAAGAACAUAUACAGCUUCACCACGUGUAGUUUCAUUCUGGUAAGUUGUAUGUGCAUUUCUAGAUUCUCGACCGUGACACCCUUUCAGUUCCACCAUUCUACCCCCCCCACUUCCAGGCGCCACACUAGCUCAAGGUGAGGACACGGAGAACGACAACGCAGCUAAGGGUUCCGAGGAAGCAGCAAAAGACGAUGACGAGGCUGAUGAAGAACCCGAAGAACAGCCUGCAGCACCACCACCAGCACAAGUCCCCAUAGCAACUACACCUCAUGGCGCGGUGUUUGGUUUUGGGGGUGAAGGUGGUCAAGCAUGAUCAUGUCAUGAAAUCAAAUGCCCUAUGAUCAAAUUCGAUUUUUGAAUUUUACAACAGGCUGAUUUGGUGAAUACAAAUGCCCGAAAGCGACAUAUGCUAUCGUGGAUCCAACGCCUCGUUGAUAAUUGUUCUACGAGGACUCGUUUGACAGAAAAUUUCUGAGGUGAAAGAAUG